UGUGCCUUGUGUGUGAUUAGUUACCCAUAGAUUGAAAAAUGACUGGUUAGCAAUUGUAUUAAGUCUGUGAGGUAUAGACUUAACUGAUAGUGUUCAAGUACAAUAAUUAGCAUGGAAACUAUACUGUGUGUUAAUCAAACCGAAAGCCUCAGUGAAGUAUAGUACGUGCAAUUAUUGAUUUAAGCAGAACUGAGUAUUCUUCAUGUUUUGAUAUUACUAGACGGAUUGAUUUUCCGAGGCAUUCAUCAUGGUUUUUAAGUCGUCGCCUAGGCGUCGCCUAGUCGUCCAGGCGAGAAAAAAUGUGCGGCGUCCAGGGCGCUAGGAAAUCGAUGGAUAUGGCGUCUUCAGUCGUCGCCUAGGCGGGUUUGGCGUCCGAGGCGGGCGCCGCAGAGCGAUUUGGCGAUGGGGGCGCGCGGGGCCGCGGGGGAAGGGGCGCGCGCAGGAAUCUCAUGCGGGAAACAGAGCAGAGUUGCGCGCGCGAGGAAAUCGCGUGCCAACACCUCCCGCCGCGAGUACAUCUCACGGGUGGGGAUUCAGAGCGAGAGAGGGAAAUAGAGAGGGAAAGAGAGAGGGCGGCCGGCCGCCGGUACCUGGAAUCCUCUCCGGCGGCGCUCUACUCUGACCUAGCCGUGGCUGCUCUCCAAUCCGUGGCUCGAGCCCCUUCUUCUCCAAUCAAUCUGCUUCUUCUUCCUCUUCUCCAACCAAUCCGGGCGGAUUCCCUCAACUCCCGCACCCAGGAGCUCCUGGUUCUUCUCCGGCGUGCCCACCUCUGCCUCCUUGUCGCCACCCCUUCCCGGAGCUGCAUCACAGGGACACAGUACAAGAAAACAGCAAGCAAUGGCUAGUCCACCCUCUGUCAACAAUGAGAACUAUGAUCCAAAAACUAAUAAAGCAAGGAAGGCAAGGUCUAAUGAUCCAGGCUGGAAGUAUGGCUACUGGGCAAACCUUGAAAACAGAGAUCAAGUGACAUGUACCCUCUGGGACACCAUGGUUCAUGGAGGGAUUAAAAGGUUGAAGCAUCACUUGGCAGGUGGGUAUGGAGACACAAAAAUGUGUGCAAAGACCACUACUGCAAUCAGAAAGGAGAUGAAAGCUUACUUGGAUUCUAACAGUAGAAGAAGACCAUUGUUCCUUGAUGAGGAUAAUGAGCAGCAAGAGGAAGAAGAUGUGGUGGUGGUGGAAGCAGCUGAAUCUGUCCAAGUUGAAGGAGGUGCACCUGAAGAAUUUCAAGCCUCCAAGGUGCAGCCAAGUUCAGGGACUGCAGCCAAACAAAGGAGUGCAACCUAUUUAUUUAAGGCUCCUGCAGCAAGCAAGAGCAAGACCAAGGCAUCACCAAAGGUGAACAAGUCAAUCAUUGAGAUGCUUCGAAAAUCACCCGAAGAAAUGGUUGAUGAAAGGCGCAAAGGCUAUUCUCAGCCAACAAUUCCAGCAAAGAUCAAGACCCCAGAGGAGAAGCAUUAUGUGGAUAUGCAGUGGGCUUUGUGGUUCUAUGAGUGUGGUGUACCUUUUAAUGCAGCAACAGCAGCAAGACAAUUUCAGAUUGCAGUGGAGGUAACCGCGCAGUUUGGUUCAGGUUAUGUGCCUCCUAAUCCUUACCAGCUUGGGGAACCGUUGCUUAAGGAUGCUGUGCAAUUGACCAGUAAUGUGAGGAAGGAACAUGAGCAGGCAUGGAAGCACUAUGGCUGCACGCUUAUGUCAGAUGGAUGGUCUGAUAGGAGGGGCCGGCACUUGAUCAACUUUCUUGUGAACAACCUGGAGGGGACUUACUUCUUAGAGUCUGUCGAUGCAUCAGCUAAGGUACAUGAUGCAUUUAUGCUUGCUGAUUUGUUAGAGAAGAAGAUUGAGGAGAUUGGAAAAGACAAUGUGGUUCAAGUUAUCACCGAUAACGGUGCUAACUACAAGGCAGCUGGUAGGCCUCUAAUGGAGAGGAUUCCUACACUUUUUUGGAGCCCAUGUGCUGCGCAUUGCUUGGACCUUAUGUUUGAAGACAUAGUCAAAUUGCAGCCAUUUCAAAAGACAAUUGGGCAAGCAAGGCGUGUCACAACUUUCAUCUAUAGGCAUGGGAGAAUUCUUAGUUUAAUGAGAGAGAAGACAUGUGGGGCUGAUCUUGUGAGACCUGCAGCAACUCGUUUUGCCACUUCUUUCCUCACUCUAAAGAGUUUACGCAAGUACAAGGAUCCUUUGAAGGCUUUAUUUCUUAGUGAAGAAUGGAAUGGGAACAAAUUGGCAAAAACUGCUGCCGGUGCGGAUGUGCAUGACACUGUGCUCUCUGUGGAGUUUUGGAAUGCAGUUGAAGAUUGUCUUAGAGCUUCUGCCCCACUCCUUAUUGUUCUUAGGGUGGUUGAUGGUGAUGAGAAGCCUGCAAUGCCGGAAGUCGCAACACUAAUGAAUCAUGCAAAAGAGAAGAUCAAGCUGAGUUUUGCUAUUGAUAGUAAGAAAGUCUUGCUCAAGAAAAUUAUUAAAAUCAUUGAGAAACACUGGGUGAAACAAAUGGACCAUCCUUUGUAUGGGGCUGCACUGUAUUUGAAUCCAGGAAAGUUACAUCUUCUCAUACGGGAUCAUGAAGAUGCCACUGUUGGGCAGCAAAAAGGUUGUUUUCUUGAUGUGCUUGGAAGAAUUGUGGAGGAUGAAGAAACUAGAAGCAAGAUUGAUGCUCAGUCCUUGGACUAUGACGCCCUUAGAGGAGAUGCAUUCUCAAACAAAUUGGCCAAGCAAAAUCUUGAGACAAAGAGCCCUCUUGAUUGGUGGCGCUCUUAUGGUGGCUGUACUAUUGAGAUUCAAAGGUUUGCUAGACGAAUUGUUAGUCUUUGUGCUGCAUCAUCUGGCUGUGAGAGAAAUGGAGUACAUUUGAGUUUGUGA